AUGAAAUUGGCUUGCGAUUGGUUACAAUGUGCUCCGGGCCGGCGACACAAUUGGCUGAGGCUCCGGCACUAGAGCAGCAUCCCUCCAUGCAAUUGGUCAGGUUUCGCCCACAGCCCGCCCCCCACUGUCACGCAGCCGGGCCGGGGGACAGAGGCGCCAGUACCGCAGGGGCCGGGUGCGCUCCGAGGAACAUGGCGGCGCCGGACCUCGCUCAGAUCUCUGAUGUGGACAUCGACUCCGACGGCGUCUUCAAGUACGUGCUGAUUCGAGUCCAGUCGGCGCCGUCCUCCGGGACUCCGGCGGGGGAGAGCAAGGAGAUCGUGCGCGGUUACAAGUGGGCGGAAUACCAUGCGGACAUCUAUGACAAGGUGUCGGGGGAGAUGCAGAAGAAGGGCUAUGACUGCCAGUGCCUGGGUGGAGGGCGCAUCUCCCACCAGAGCCAGGAGAAGAAGAUCCACGUGUAUGGCUACUCCAUGGGCUACGGCCGUGCCCAGCACUCUGUCUCCACUGAGAAGAUCAAAGCCAAGUACCCUGACUACGAGGUCACCUGGGCUGAUGACGGCUACUAGCCUGGCCCCUGCCCAGGCCUCCCGACCCUCUGCCAAGUGUGAGCCCCGCCUUGCCGAAUCCCCUCUGAGUGUGUGGGUGCCAUCCUUCUAGGCCUGCAGACCGAGGCCAGCCUAGUCUGCGGGAAUUAAAAGCAUGACAGUACCUGCCA